CCGGUGCAGCGAGCAAAGUGUUUGGUAGGCUGUCGAUGAGGUGGGCGUUCAACGGAGAUGGACGUUUGCGGGUGCGGCGACGGUCUGCGUGAAGAGGAGAGAGAAGCCGUGGCGAUGGCCGUGACUGCUGUCGUCUUGAAUAGCAUGACUGAAAUGUCGUCCUCCAGCCUCGACAUGCCUUUGCAGCUUCGUAAACGGAGAGCACUCUUGCAGAGCGUUGUGGAAGCGCCGGAUUGCGUGGCGAAGUACGAAGCUGUAGUGCAGAUGUGUUCCACUCUCGACUCUGGCGUUAUCCCGCGCCAGACACCACGUUGGUGGAUCAAACGGUGCACUGGCUGGACAUGGGAGGACCUACGGCUGUGUGAUGACGCCACAGAGGACUACUACAAGGAGAAGCUGCGUAUGUCGAGGGCGAUGUUCAACCAGAUUGUAGCCGCCUGUGCCACGCACGUGGAGAAGAUUGUCACGCACUACAGGAUGCCGCUGCCAGUCGAGUAGGUGAUCGCUUUCGCGUUGUACAGAUGGGCGUCGGGGGAAACGUACGAGAACGAGACGCCAGCCUUCGGUAU